AUGGGUACUGGCAGUCAAGUCCGAUUGCUGCUGUGGAAGAACUGGACCCUUCGCAAGAGACAGAAGAUGCGGUUCUUCAUGGAGAUUAUGUGGCCAGUGGUUCUGUUCAUUGGACUAGUGUGGCUGAGGACAGCUAACCCUUUAUACCGUCAACAUGAGUGUCACUUUCCCAACAAGGCCAUGCCCUCGACUGGCAUCCUUCCAUGGAUCCAGGGAAUCUUCUGCAAUGCCAACAACCCAUGCUUCCAGUACACCACCAGGGGAGAGGGCCCCGGGCUCGUCUCCAACUACAACGAUUCCAUACUGGCUCGGUUCUACUUGGACACCCAGGAGCUUCUUCUGAGUGACCCAGAGUUCCUGCAGCUGGGUCGGCUCUGGAGGGAACUGUUCACCAUGAGCACCUUCAUGGACACCCUGCGGACCAGCCCAGAACAGGUCUCAGGUCGAGGGCUGAAGGUAGAGGACAUUCUGAAGGAUGAUGAAACCCUGACGUCCUUUCUCCUAAGGGAUGUUCCUCUGUCAGAGUUUGUGGUCAAUGAGCUGGUCAAUGCCCAGAUCAGGCCUGAGCAGUUUGUGUUUGGCGUCCCUGACCUCCACCUGAAGGACAUUGCCUGCAGUCAGACCCUGCUGGAGCAGUUCAUCAUCUUCCCCAGCCGCAGGGGGCUGUACAGGGUGCACAGCAGCAUUUGUGCCCUCACACCACAGAGACUACAGACCAUAGAGGACAGGCUCUACGCCAACGUGGACUUCUUUAAACUCUUCCGUCAGCUUCCCAGGGUGUUGGAUAACCACUCCAACGGUGUCGACCUACACUUCUGGGCCAGAGUACUCUCUGCCACCUCCGAAAAGCUGCGAGAGUUGUCAGAGAGGAACAGUUCCAAAGCGCUGGUGGAGGUGAUGUCCCCCCUGCUCCAGUCCCAGGGGGGCUCUCCCCCAUCUUUCAGCCAGCUGAUGGGGGCUGUGUCCAGCCUGGUGUGUGGCUACAUGGAGGGGGCCUUCUCUCGGGUGGCCUCCUUCAACUGGUAUGAGGACAACAACUACAAGGCCUUCAUGGGGAUCAACGAUAGCACCCGGGGAGGACAGGGACAGUACACCUACGACCACACCGCCACUCCGUUCUGUAAUGAUCUGAUGAAGGAGCUAGAGUCCAAUCCCAUCACCAGGAUCAUGUGGAGCUCUGUCAAGCCCAUGCUGAUGGGGAAGAUCCUCUACGCACCCGACUCCCCAGCCGUCAGAAAGAUCAUCAGAAACGCCAACACCACAUUUGAGGAGCUGGAGAGGCUGAGGACCAUGGGUCGGGCCUGGGAGGAGGUGGGCCCUCAGGUCUGGGCCUUCUUCCAGGACGGCAUUCAGAUGAACAUGAUCAGGGAUAUCAUAAGGAAUCCCACGGUGAGGGACUACAUUGACAGGAGUCUACAGGACACAGAGUUCUCCUCUAAACACAUCCUCAACUUCCUGUACAACGGGCCAAUAGAAGACAGGGACUACAACAUGGACAACUUUGAUUGGAGGAAUGUCUUCAACUUCACAGACCAAGUCAUCCGUAUGAUGAACCAGUAUGGAGAGUGUCUGAUCCUGGAUAAAUUCUCUGGGCUGAACGAUGAGGAGCAGAUGACCCACAGAGCUCUGAGUCUGAUGGGGGAGAGUAAGUUCUGGGCUGGCCUGGUCUUCAUGGACACCUACCCCUGGACCACCAAGGUUCCACCCCACGUCCGGUUCAAGAUCCGCAUGGACAUCGACGCAGUGGAGCGCACCAAUAAGAUCAAGGACAGAUACUGGGACCCUGGUCCUAGGGCCGACCCCGUGGAUGAUCUCCGUUACGUGUGGGGGGGUUUUGCCUAUCUACAGGACAUGAUAGAGCAUGGCAUCAUCAGUACCCAGACCGGCAAGGACUGGCCCCUCGGUGUCUACCUACAACAGAUGCCGUACCCAUGCUACGUGGACGACCUCUUCAUGCUGACAUUGAACCGGUGCUUCCCCAUCUUCAUGGUGCUGGCGUGGGUCUACUCAGUGUCUAUGACCGUGAAGAGCAUUGUCUUGGAGAAGGAGCUCAGGCUCAAAGAGACCCUGAAGACCAUGGGGGUCACCAAUGGGGUUCUGUGGGUCACAUGGUUCAUAGACAGCUUCCUCAUGAUGGCUGCCAGCACUUCCCUGCUCACUGGGAUCAUUAUGGGUGGUAAGGUGCUGAACUACAGCAACCCUGUGAUCCUGUUCUUGUUUCUGCUAACCUUCACCACGGCCACCAUCAUGCAGUGUUUCCUACUCAGUGUCUUCUUUAACAAGGCCAACCUGGCUGCAGCCUGCAGCGGUAUCAUCUACUUCACUCUCUACCUGCCCCACAUCCUCUGCUUUGCAUGGCAGGACCGCAUCACCAAGGAUGACAAGAUCAUGGCGAGCCUGAUGUCCCAGGUGGCGUUUGGCUUUGGGACAGAGUACUUGUCCCGGUAUGAGGAGCAGGGUCUGGGUCUGCAGUGGGACAACAUCCAGACCAGCCCUCUGGAGGGGGAUGAGUACUCCUUCCUCACCUCCAUCUCUAUGAUGGCCCUGGAUACUGUACUCUACGCCGUCCUUGCCUGGUACCUCGACAACGUCUUCCCAGGGCAGUAUGGAAUUGGUCGGCCAUUUUAUUUCCCCAUCCUGCCCUCCUAUUGGCUCAACUCCAGACCCCCAAAGCCAAAAGAGUUGGAGAAACCCAGGUUUGACAACCUGGUAAACCAGGCUGAAGAGAAGCAGAAGACCAAUCAUGAACCAGGUGACGAGCAGAAGACUAAGGCACCAGAUGAGGAGCUGCCAUCCUGCAAACACCAGGACAAACGAGAGAGGCUGGGGAAGGGGAAAACGGAGGAGGAGGAGGAGGAGGAGGAGGAGGAGGAGAACAAGAAGAACCAGGAGGAAAAACAAAAUGGAGAAAAAGAGGGUCAGUCCAGCCAUGCCUACUUUGAGGGGGAACCGGCAGGGCUGGUGGAGGGUGUGUGUGUUCAGAACCUGGUGAAGGUGUUUGGUAGGGGACAAAAACCUGCGGUAGACGGACUGAGCAUCACCUUCUAUGAGAGCCAGAUCACUGCUUUCCUGGGGCACAAUGGAGCUGGGAAGACCACCACCAUGUCUAUCCUGACGGGGAUGUUCCCUCCCACCUCGGGGACAGCCUCCAUCUAUGGGAAGGACAUCCGGACAGACAUGGACACCAUCAGGCACUCUCUGGGCAUGUGUCCCCAACACAACAUCCUCUUUCACCAUAUGACCGUAGAAGAACACAUCCUGUUCUACAGCCUGCUGAAGGGGAGGUCUCUGUCUGAGGCUCAGCUGGAGGUAGAGAACAUGCUGGAGGAUCUUGGCCUGCCCCACAAGAGAGACGAGGAGGCACAGAACCUCUCAGGCGGCAUGCAAAGGAAGUUGUCUGUUGCUAUGGCGUUUGUGGGCGGUGCCAAGGUGGUGAUUCUGGACGAGCCCACAUCGGGGGUGGACCCCUACUCCAGACGAUCUAUCUGGGACCUGCUACUCAAGUACCGAUCAGGACGUACAGUGAUUCUGUCCACUCACCACAUGGACGAGGCUGACCUGUUGAGUGACCGUGUGGCCAUCAUCUCUCAGGGACGUCUUCACUGCUGCGGCUCCCCGCUCUUCCUCAAGAACUGCUUCGGUGCCGGCUUCUACCUCACCCUGGUUCGACGAAUGAAAUACGAGGGACCCAAGACCAAGUGUGACUGUACUGAUGAGUGUUCGUGUAAAUGCUCCACCUGUACCACGUACAAAGAAGAGUUACCUCAAGCCAAAACCCCGGACAGACAGAUGGACGGUGACUUGUCAAGCAUCACAGGGCUGGUCCACCACCAUGUCCCAGAGGCCCGUUUGAUCGAGGCUAUCGGCCAAGAGUUGACCUACCUGCUGCCCAACCAGGGCUUCCAGCCCAGGGCCUACGCCUCCCUCUUUAGAGAGCUGGAGGAAACCCUCUCUGACAUCGGCCUCAGCAGCUUCGGGGUCUCCGACACAUCACUGGAGGAGAUAUUCCUGAAAGUGACAGCGGACGGUGAAGCCAAAUCUGUCAAAACUACACAAGACCAGAGAUUAUGGCAGCAGACACCUCGACCCAGUGUAGGACACAACAAAGUAGCACUCUAUGUCGACCAAUCUGAAGAGGCAGACGGGGAGACCCAGGCCAACAGGCAGGGGAAUUCUGGGGGCUCAGAGGGCAGCGAGGGGCGGGGCUCUAGACAGGUCAAAGGUGUCUGUCUGGUCCUGAAACAGUUAUUUGCCCUGCUCAUUAAACGGUUUCACCACGCCACAAGAUCACAUAAGGACUUCUUUGCUCAGAUAGUUUUGCCUGCCAGUUUUGUGUUUGUGUCACUGAUGUUCACUACGAUCGUACCUCCGUUUGGAGAGUACCCCAGCCUGACCCUUAGUCCCUGGAUGUAUGGACGACAGUUCACCUUCUUCAGUAACGAGCGUAUCCUGGACCCUGAGAUGAGGUACUUUGGAGAGGUGCUGCUGAACAAGCCUGGCUUUGGGACUCGCUGCAUGGUGGAUGAACCUCUGGAGGAUUUCCCAUGUAAUAACAUCACAACGGAGUGGGAGAUGCCGCCAGUGAACCCUGCUCUGAUAGACAUGUUGGAUGGACCAGAGUGGACCGCAGUUAACCCUUCCCCAGGCUGCCAGUGUAGUACCCCUAGGAAACUCACCAUGCUGCCUGUCUGCCCUGAGGGAGCAGGGGGGCUAACACCACCACAGAGGAUCCAGUCGACAGGUGAUGUUCUGGUGGACCUAACAGGCAGGAAUAUCUCUGAUUACCUGGUGAAGACUUACCCCUCCCUCAUCAAGGCCAGUUUGAAGAGCAAAUACUGGGUGAAUGAACAAAGGUAUGGAGGUAUAUCUGUCGGGGGACAGCUUCCUGUGUUAGAUGUGGACCCUAAGACCAUCCAGGACGCAGCGUCACAGCUGGGACGACUGCUCAAUGUUACUGGGGGUAAAUACUCCAAACAAACUCUUAAGGACAUAGGAACCUUCCUUCGAUACAUGGAGAGUGAAUACAAUGUCAAGGUGUGGUACAACAACAAGGGCUGGCAUGCCAUGGUGGCCUUCAUGAACGUGGCCAACAACGCCAUCCUCAGAGCCAACCUGCCCAAAGAUGCCAGGCUGGAUGUAUACGGCAUCACCACCAUCAACCACCCUCUCAACCUUACCAAGGAACAAUUGUCUGAAGUCACUGUCCUGAGCACCUCAGUGGAUGCGAUGGUGGCUAUCUGUGUGAUUUUUGCCAUGUCCUUCGUCCCAGCCUCCUUUGUGCUCUACCUCAUCCAGGAGAGGGUGACCCAGGCCAAACACCUCCAGUUCGUCAGCGGGGUCAGUCCCGUCAUCUACUGGAUGGCCAACUUCCUCUGGGACAUGGUGAAUUACUCUAUCAGUGCAGCACUGGUGGUGGCUAUUUUCAUGGUCUUUGACAAGAAGUGCUACACGUCGCCAACCAACCUCCAACCCCUGACAGCACUGCUCAUGCUCUAUGGGUGGUCUGUGACGCCCAUGAUGUACCCCAUGUCCUACGUCUUCAGUAUUCCCAGCACAGCCUACGUCUCUCUGUCCUGCAUCAACCUGUUCAUUGGCAUCAACAGCAGUGCCAUCACCUUCAUCCUUGACCUGUUUGACAGCACAGCGGCGCUGUAUAAGUGUAACCAGCUGCUGAAGAAAAUGCUGCUGAUCUUCCCCCACUAUUGUCUUGGCCGCGGUCUAAUCGACAUGGCUAUGAACCAGGCUGUUACUGACGUCUAUGCCCGCUUUGGUGAAGACUUCAGUCUGGACCCCUACAGUUGGGACUUUGUAGGGAAGAACCUGGUCUUCAUGGCUAUUGAGGGCUUUGUCUAUUUCAUCAUGAACAUCCUGAUCCAAUACCGCUUCUUCCUGGAUCACUGGAUCACAGAUUGUAAGACGGAUCCCAUCAUGGAGGAAGAUGUGGAUGUGGCCCAGGAGAGAGAACGCAUCUAUAAAGGAGGAAGCACGAAUGAGAUCUUAAAGAUUAGAGACCUCACCAAGACAUACAUGGGGAAGACUAAGCCAGCUGUGGACAGAAUCUGUGUGGGAGUGUCACCUGGGGAGUGCUUUGGGCUCCUGGGUGUGAACGGAGCAGGGAAGACCACCACCUUUAAAAUGCUGACCGGAGACACUGAUGUCAGCUCAGGAGAAGCCUCUGUCACUGGUCACAGCAUCCUUACCAAUAUCCUGGACGUGCACCAGAACAUGGGCUACUGCCCCCAGUUUGAUGCCAUAGAUGAGCUGCUGACUGGCAGAGAGCACCUCCAUCUGUAUGCCCGCCUCAGAGGGGUGCCUGAGUCCGAGAUCAGCAGGGUGGCAGACUGGGCAAUUCAGAAGCUGGGUCUGGCUGACUAUGCUGGCCACACAGCCGGGACCUACAGCGGCGGCAACAAGAGAAAACUAUCGACGGCCAUUGCCAUGAUCGGCUGUCCUCCGCUGGUCCUGCUGGACGAGCCCACGACAGGCAUGGACCCCCACUCACGUCGUUUCCUGUGGAACUCCAUAAUGAGUGUAAUCCAAGAUGGCCGAGCAGUGGUCCUCACCUCACACAGUAUGGAGGAGUGUGAGGCUCUGUGUACCCGUCUGGCUAUUAUGGUCAAUGGCACCUUCCAGUGUCUUGGUACCAUCCAGCACCUCAAAUACAAGUUUGGUGAUGGUUACGUGGUCACCAUGAAGAUCCAGGCCUCCACACCAGGUUGUCCCCCAGACCUGAACCCAGCCGAGGCCUUCAUGGAGAGCACCUUCCCUGGCUGUGUCCAGAGGGAGAAACACUACAACACUCUGCAGUAUGAAAUCGCCUCUUCCUCCCUGGCUAGGAUCUUCCAGCUGGUCCUGGCCAACAAGGACCGCCUCAAUAUAGAGGACUACACCGUCUCCCAGACGACACUAGAUCAGGUGUUUGUGAACUUUGCCAAGCAGCAGUCAGGAGAGGACGACGGCAUGGUGCUGCACCCGAGGGCCGCUGGGGCACGGAGAAAAGAAAUCAAGGUCACACCCCUAAGUUGUCUGGGGAAAUGAACCGUCCCUCCCCACACGCACACACACAGACACACACACACACGCGUUUGUGCGUAAACACUCGCACACACCCACACACAUGCACACAUAAACACACACAUACACACACACACCAGAAAGUCAGACAGGAGGAGUUGUCUGGGAAAUUGAACGCUCCUAGAAGACUACGUGGAGGAGAGUGAAGGGAGGUUGACUAUUUGGUGACACCACUGGUGACUGGUGAGAGACUAUUUGGUGACACCACUGGUGACUGGUGAGAGACUAUUUGGUGACACCACUGGUGACUGGUGAGAGACUAGUUGGUGACACCACUGGUGACUGGUGAGAGACUAGUUGGUGACACCACUGGUGACUGGUGAGAGACUAGUUGGUGACACUACUGGUGACUGGUGAGAGACUAGUU